AUGCCUCUCCCAGCCCGUUAUGGCCGCUGGGGGCCUAUCUUGGCUUUGGUGAUCUUGACACUGCUGAUCAUCCAUUUCCUGAAAGCCGACUUCGGGAGCAAAACCACGCAGGACGUGAUUGAGCCCGCCCCAGGACUGACGAUCGAGAACAAUCAAACCGACCCGAGAACUGGCCAUGUCCCAUCAUCGUGUCCGUCGCUCCCGGGAAUAGAUGACGUCCUCGUAGUGAUCAAAACCGGCAUCACCGAAGCGCAAGACAAGGUUCCCGUGCACCUCCGCACCACCCUCCGCUGCAUCCCGCACAAGAUCAUAGUCUCCGAUUUCGAAGAAGACAUCGCCAACGUGCGCACCUACGACGUCUUCCGCAAUGUCUCCGAAACCCUCAGGCAAAACAAAGACUUCUCGCUGUACAAUCGCGCCCGUGAAGGCGGUCGCGCAGCACUGACCGACCAAGACCACACGAAAGUCGCCAACGGCCCAAUGGGAAUGAUGGACAAUCCAGGCUGGAAGCUUGACAAGUGGAAAUUCCUACCGAUGAUCCACACAGCGCGCCACGCCCAGCCAGACGCCAAAUGGUUCGUCUUCCUCGAAGCGGACACAUACCCGAUCUGGCCGAAUCUCCUCGGCUGGCUGAGCCACUUCAAUUCCGAAGAUCGCCUCUAUCUCGGGAACCAGAUGCAGAUCGGGUCGAAUUUGUUUGCGCAUGGCGGGUCCGGGUUCGUGUUGUCGCACGCGGCUAUUCACACCGUCGCCGAUUUCCAUACUCGCCAUGUUGAUGAGUGGGAUAAGAUUACCGAUAGGGAAUGGGCAGGCGAUUGUGUGCUCGGUAUGGCGCUGGCGCUGGCGGGUAUCCAGCUCACCUGGUCCUGGCCUCAUGUCACGACGCAAUCGGUCUGGGAGCAAGAUAUGCUCCACGAGGCCUUUCAAAAGCAGCCUUGGUGCUAUGCGCCAUUCACGUUCCACCACAUGACGCCUGCGGAUGUUGAUAGGUUCUAUCAAUUCGAGCAGCAAUGGUUUGCAGAGACGAACUCGUCUGUGUUGACGUAUAGUGACGUCUUCCGAAAUCUCAUUCGUCCUACGCUCGCGGACCAUUUGGAUAACUGGGAUAACUUCGCCAGCGCUGGUGAUGAUAAGGAAGAUUACAAGGGUCCCAAGACACCUGCUACCCUUGCUGCUUGCGCGGAUUACUGUGCCGCGGACCCGGAGUGUGUUCAGUACCGUCUCACUGCGGACUCGCGCUGUACGACCUCGCAAGCGGUCCUACGCGGUAAGCCCCAGCCGGGUACACAGUCGGGGACGAUGCUGUGGCGAGUUGAUGCUGCCGUUCAGCGGAUGGAGCAGUGUGAGAAGGUGACAUGGGUGACCGCGUGA